AUGUCCUUUGAGUGGUGGAGAAGGUCAAUGGCCUAUAAGACAGGCUUCAUGAAGAAGGAGGACGUUGUGGAAUACGAAAAGGACCUCAAAGACAAACAAGUUCAAGACGAAUGUAAACAGUGCUAUGAAUAUCGUGAUUGGGCCAUCAACUACUCACCGAUUGUGAUCUUUAUGCUCCAGCAGAUCAAGAAGAGUGGUGGAGAUGUGAGUGCUAAGGACAUUGUGUGUGACGUUUGUGAUGAGUGGAAAGGUGGUGGCUACCAUCCAGAGCUCGGAGUAUUACUCUGUCAGAAUAGAAUCAUCGAUAAGUGGCACCUGGAGGAUACUCUGGCACAUGAGCUGGUCCAUGCGUAUGACGACUCCAAGUUCAAAGUCGACUGGCUGAACUUGAAGCACCAUGCGUGCUCAGAGAUCAGGGCAAGUUCUCUGAGUGGCGAGUGCCGUAUAAUGAACCAGUUCAAGAGAGCAGCCAUUAAGAACUUUGGACGUGGCCAUCAGGAAUGUGUCAAGAGAAGGGCAGUGUUGAGUGUCAUGGCCAACCCUGGCUGCAAGGAUAAAGAGCAGGCUGAGAAAGUGGUGGAUGAAGUGUGGGAGAGCUGCUUCAACGACACAAGGCCAUUUGACCAGAUUUACAAAUGA